UAAGAUUAAAUUUUCAAGAUAAUCGACUUCUGAUCUCGUUAGUUUACUAAAUAUACACGCCUCUGCCGUCAGCUGUUUGUAUUGUAUAUUGUCUGUGCAAAGUCCAAACUCCAAUAUACAAAGUUAUACAACCCAUCCUACGUGAAGUGGAUAAUAAUCAAUUUACUGUUUUUGUGUGGAGUUUGCCGGGUUGUAAGUUGUUGUUUGUGUACUUCUUACUGCUUCCUAUACGAUGGCCACUAUUUCCAAUAUCGCUAAAAGGUGUUUUUCUACCAGUUCAACCUUAAACGUUAUAAAAAAUGUUACCGUUAUCGGAGGUGGAUUAAUGGGUUCUGGAAUUGCUCAGGUGGCAGCUCAAGCAGGUCAAUCUGUUAUUUUGGUGGAUUUGAAUGCAGACAUCUUAAAAAAAUCUGAAACAUCCAUCCAAACAAGUGUAGGCCGCGUCGCCAAAAAGCUACAUAAAGAAGAUGCAGCUGCUGCCAAAAAGUUUGUUGAAGAAACCACAGGAAGGAUUAAAUAUUGUCCAGAUCCCCUAAAAGCUCUAGACAAGGCUGACCUUGUUGUGGAAGCUAUAAUUGAAAACAUAGAUAUCAAACACAAACUCUUCAAGAGUUUAGAUGAAGCUGCUCCUGCAAAUACAAUAUUUGCUCUAAUACAAGCUCAUUAUCUAUAUCAGAAAUAGCUUCAGUCACAAAGAGGAAGGACAAAUUUGGGGGAUUACAUUUUUUUAAUCCAGUGGCAGUGAUGAAGCUGUUGGAAGUCAUUAGGAUCCCAGAAACUAGCGAAGAGACCUACAAAGCUAUGAUGGAGUGGGGUAAAUCAGUGGGUAAAGUUUGUAUUACAUGCAAGGAUACCCCUGGAUUUGUAGUAAACAGGCUUUUGGUGCCUUAUUUAGCUGAAUCCAUCAAACUGUUUGAGAGAGGAGAUGCCUCAGCUCAAGAUAUUGAUACAGCUAUGAAAACUAGGUGCUGGAUACCCAAUGGGACCAUUGGAAUUGGCUGACUAUACUGGUUUAGAUACCACACUCUUUAUUAUCGAUGGAUGGCACAAGAAAUUCCCUGAAAAUCCUCUGUUUGAACCACCAGCAAUAUUGAGGAAGUUCGUAGCAGACGGAAAGUUGGGGCGUAAGACUGGUCAAGGCUUUUAUAACUACUCAAAAUAGUAGGAGACUGAUAGUUAAUAUAAGUUUUACACUGUGCGUGUUUUAGUCUGCAGAAAUGACGUUAUACAUCAUAAUUCGUUUAUUAUAUAUCUUUUUAUAAUAUAUUUGUGAAUAAACUUAAUUUUAAAUUAUAUGAGUAU